AGAUGCUCGUGAACGCACUCAGCCUCCCUCUUCCGUGCUGAGAAGAUGGAUGAAACGGGCUCGUUUGGAGCAGGGCGAGCCGGUUCGGCAUUCGAUCUGAUCGCAUUUGUCAAACAACCUCAGACUAUCCUAAGAGUGCUGGCAUGGAUCUUCUCCAUGGCGGUCUUUGCAUCUAUAAUAAACGAGGGCUAUGUGAACAUGGGCAGUGAGCGACUGCAUUGUGUCUUUAAUAAGAAUGCAGAUGCCUGUAACUACGGGAUCACUAUAGGAAUCGUGGCUUUCAUAGCCAGUGUCUUCUUCCUGCUCCUAGACGUCUACUUUCCCCAGAUCAGCAGUGUCAAAGACAGAAAGCGAGCAGUGCUGUUGGAGAUUGGGUUUUCAGGAUUUUGGACAUUCCUUUGGUUUGUAGGAUUCUGCUUUUUGGCCAAUCAAUGGAGUUGUACAUCCCCUAAAGAGCUGCCAUUGGAGCAGGCAUCAGAUGCAGCUCGUGCAGCUAUUGCUUUCUCUUUCUUCUCCAUCCUUACCUGGGCGGCCCUUACCAUGUGUGCCGUUCAGCGAUUCCUGCUCGGAACUGACAUGACACUGUUUACAACUGAGCAUUUGGCUGGCCAGGCACCUAAGCAGCCGUACCCCUCCAACGAUGUCACCGGUCAGACCACCAUCCCUGUCAAUGCUUACCAGAGUCCGCCACUCAUCGAAACCGUAGAGACCAUCCCCCCGUGCUACAAGAUCCCACCAGCAUUUUAAUCCAAAGCCAAUCGGAAAGGAAUGGAGCAGAGAUAAAGGACAGAGUAAAGACUGCCGCUAAUGUUUAUUUAGACAUUCAUAUUUAUUAUUAUAUGAUUUAAAAACAUGCCAACAUUUUAAAGGGGCACUAGUAAUAGUUUUUUUUUAUUAAUGUUUUGCUGGUUGACAAGCGAAAGAGUAAGAAAAUGGUCAAGAGAUUGAGAAAAUGUGUGUCACUCAGCUGUUUCAGUAUAUGUGUCUGUUUUGCUGGACAUUGGAGCAGCCAUUCUAGAUGAGAUAACUGUGUGUGUGUGUGUGUGUGUGUGUGUGUGUGUGUGGUGUGUGUGUGUGUGUGUGUGUGUGUGUGUGUGCUUGCUCUAACUCAGUCUAGUUGCAUGAUAUGUUAAAAUGACACUGAAAAUCCCACUUAAGCAUAGAGGUAACUGUUAUAUUUUGGUAAUGGAAGAAGUUACAAUGGUUAUCAAAGACUUUGGAGCAACAUAUACAACGAUGUCCUAAAUAAAGAGGAAUCAGUACAUUG